GGGAUACCCAGAGCCUAGUGGCGGCGGCGAUAUACGCGCUUUGAGCCGCUAGUGGAGCCGCAUCGAAGGGACGAGCACAUUCCUAGUCCGCCUCCACACACCGACAAGCACACAAUCCCAUUCGACAUGGCUGACCAACUAACAGAGGAGCAGAUUGCAGAGUUCAAGGAGGCCUUCUCCUUAUUUGACAAGGAUGGCGACGGCACUAUCACCACCAAAGAACUCGGCACCGUCAUGAGGUCGCUGGGUCAGAACCCCACAGAGGCCGAGCUGCAGGACAUGAUCAAUGAGGUGGAUGCUGACGGUAAUGGAACCAUUGACUUCCCAGAGUUUUUGACCAUGAUGGCGAGGAAAAUGAAGGACACAGAUAGCGAGGAGGAGAUCCGCGAGGCUUUCCGGGUAUUUGAUAAGGAUGGAAACGGCUACAUCAGCGCUGCGGAGCUCCGUCACGUCAUGACGAACUUGGGCGAGAAGCUAACGGACGAGGAAGUGGACGAGAUGAUCAGAGAAGCAGACAUCGAUGGAGACGGACAGGUCAACUAUGAAGAGUUUGUACAGAUGAUGACCGCAAAGUGAAGCUUUCCCGCCCCGUUCUGUCCCCUUAGAAGGAAAAAAAAAAAAAAACAAUGGAAAAAAAAAUCCAAAUGUUUUACUUACCUCUUGGAGAAAAAAGUUCAUUUAUUCAUAUUGUUUCUGUAUAGAAAAUAAUUGAAUGUUGAAAUACAAUAUCCCUCUGUCCACACAGAGAAAUGUUAAGAAAAAUAUACAAAAAUAUCUGCAUGAAAAAGAUGGUUUAGUGAUCCUUCCCUUCUCCCUCCGGCCCUCCCUCUUUGGUGAUAAUUUAGCAUCAGUACUGAACAAAUAACAUUCACCCUGUAACGACUCCUUUCAGACUAAAGCAAAGAAGUAGGUGUCCAGUUCCAUUUGCUCGUAGUAAAUGUCCGGGCUGGCCAUCUCCUCUCUCGUUUUCUGUUCUUUGUGCAUGCAAGCUUGAGACCGGAGCACAUAUCCCCCCCUUUCUUCCUUGCCCCACACCCCGAUCCUCCUCCGGGCUACCAGAGCGUGCUGAUUCCACUAUACGCUGUCCUCUUAAUAGUUUGGUACAGGUUUGUUUUAUUUUUCUUUUUGUAUUUGGAGAGGAACCCUGUAC